AUACUACGUUUGACUUAACUGUUAGUAAGUAGGUAAUAGUGGACGAAGAGUUACAUAUUGUAGAUUUUUGUUAGUUGAUUAUUUCUUGUAAUCAAAUCUUUAGAAUUAUUUGUCAAGUUCAGUCUCAAUGAGUGACGUUACGGCUCAUGUUAUAGAAGGUAAAUGGCGAUCAGAUGACAUAAAGCUCCAGGAACAAGUUGAUUUCUCGGGGCUAAUGCUAUCUGAACAUGUUUUGUGUGGCUUGAAGGAAGCUGGAUUUAUUCGACCAUCUCCAAUACAGUUGCACGCUAUUCCACUUGGAAGAUGUGGCUUGGAUUUAAUAAUACAAGCAAAAUCUGGAACAGGAAAGACGUGUGUCAUGACAGUAAUUGCUUUAGAAAACAUUGAACUUAAUACAUCUGCCACUCAGGUUCUAAUUCUCACACCCACCAGAGAAAUUGCUGUACAAAAUUGUGAUGUAAUUCUUUCAAUUGGUAGAAAAUCUCCUGGUUUAAAAAGUUGCUAUUUUAUUGGUGGAAUACCUGUUAAAGAAGAUCAUUUGAAGUUGAAAAAAUGUCACAUAGCAGUUGGAACACCUGGAAGGAUUCAACAGUUGAUAAAUGAAGGAUUACUGAAAACAGAUUCUGUUCGACUUUUUGUGUUGGAUGAGGCCGACAAACUACUGGAAGAAAGUUUUCAAACGAGCAUUAAUUGGAUUUACUCCUGUCUACCAUCAAACAAACAAAUCCUUGCCUUAAGUGCAACAUAUCCAGAAAAACUUGCUCAACUUUUGACUCUAUACAUGAGAAAUCCUAUGUUUUGUCGUCUAAAUGUUGAUAAACCAAGUCUUUUGGGUUUAAAACAGUUUUACAAGGUCACACCAUACCAUCCACUGACUCAGAUAAAUUUUCAACAUAAAAUAGAAGCCCUGACUAGUUUGUUUCAUUCCAUAUCAUUCUCUCAGUGUUUGGUGUUCUCCAACUACCAACUCAGGGCUGAGAGUCUCUCGGAUAUAUUGUUGAAGAAAGGGUGGCCAACAGCAUUCAUCAGUGGCAGUCAGGAGCAAAGUGAUCGUUUAAAGACCAUGAACCAGCUUAAGAACUUUAAACUUCGAGUUCUAGUUUCAACUGAUCUUACUGCACGAGGAAUUGAUGCUGAAAAUGUGAACUUGGUGGUAAACUUGGAUGUACCUUGGGAAGUAGAGACAUACCUACAUAGGAUUGGUAGAGCAGGGCGAUUUGGAUCACAGGGAUUGACAGUAACUUUAGCAAGUGAAGGAAAAGAACUUGAGCAGUUAAUGAUCUUACAAAGCAAGGGCCAUUUAGACCUAUACAAACUGCCAGAUCCCAUACCAAACAAUUUGUGGAAUUAUGCAGCAAUUCUUGAUAGAAAUACUGAAGUACAUCAUAUUAAACAAAGUCCAUUAAAUAAGUUGAACAAUGAACAACAGUUAAAUAAUCAUGACUCUACUACCGGGAAUGAAGCCAGAACAACGGAGAAACCAGGCGAUCAACUUUCAGUUGACAAUAAUCUUCUAAUUAAUGGUGAUGGUGUACCUUCAGAGACUUUUGGACAUUCUGAUGGCGGUUCCACAAAAUUGGAAACAUUGCCAAAACUCUCUGAUACUAAAAUUACCUCUAUUUCUUCACCAUCCACUUCCUUAAAAAAAAUUGGAGAAGGAGAAAAUAUUUCAAAUAACAGUGAGAAAGAGUUAUUUGUUCAAGAAAUGAUAAAAACAGACUGUAAUAGUCACUCUGAAGUUGAAUUACAUGCUGAGCUUUAUGAUAAAAUUGAAAGUUCUCAUGUGUCUCCUAACAAAAACUUGCCUGAUUGUCAGUCUCAACAAGAAAAAGAUUCUUCUUCUGAACAUUUCAAGGAAAUAAAAGGUGAAAACAGCAAAAGUACUAUGGCCUUCAAAAACCUUCAACUGACUGAUAACAAACAUGACUCUAUAAACAGGUUAUGUACAGAUUUAGAAGCAAGUCUGAAUAUUGCCCAUAAAAUUCCUAUUGAUGUAAAACAUGUAUUAAAUGAUAAAGUUUCAGAGUCAGAUGAGGGUAAAAUGAGUUCUUAUGUUGACCAAGACUUUCAAUGUUUCAGUGUUGAAGAUAAUCAGGAAUUGAAAAAUUGUCAACAAAAUCCAGUAAAUGCAUAUGAAAAUGCAGAAAAGGCAAGUUCUUAUAAUAACCAGGUAACUUCUGCAAAUGAAGAAACACCAACAUUCUUUCUCCACGCAUUGUCCCCAGCCUCACUUGAAUCAUUAGAUCUUCAAAGUAAGGCAGAUUUGAGUGGGUUAUUACAGAAGUCAGAUUUAACUUCCCAGCAUCUUACCUACAGUGAAGCAGUUGCAUCCUAUGAUGAGUUUAUAAAAUCCCAACAAGAUGAAACCAAAGAUCUUCGUCUUAUAAAACUAAAGUCUGAAAACUUUUCAGAAGAACAGCUUCAGAAUGUAGCUUUAUUUCUUAAACUCAAAAAUUAUGACUUUAUCUCUGCUGUAAAUCAGAAUCUUUUACAACAGAAAUCUACAAACAUCUCCACAAAAGACGGUAACACACCCAAGUCUGAAGAGAGUGAAAGUAAAAUUGAUAAUAAAGAGUUUUGUGGCUCUGCGAGCUCUCUUUUACAAAAUGAUAGUACCAGUUUAAAAACUGAAGAGCUGUCAAACACUGAAGACAAACCAGCUGAUGGAGAAUCAUUCAAAACUGAAAAUAAAACCCAACCUUUAAAGCUUGAAGAGCUGUCAAACACUGGAGACAAACCAGCUGAUGGAGAAUCAUUCAAAACUGAAAAUAAAACCCAACCUUUAAAGCUUGAAGAAUCUAGUGUGAAUAGAAUUCACACCCCUGUUGCAAGUGUCAAAGAAUCUGUUCCUCUAAAUGUUUCAGAACCGGAAGUGAAAUGUAUUGACACAAACCCAGUUUAUUCUAAUAAUCAGUAUAAUGUUGAAAAUCAGUAUUUGGAUAAUGACAAAAUGACUAAUGAACAUAAAAGUCCUGAAAACAUGUUAAAUAAGAACUCUAGUGACUUUGCAAAGAAAUCUAGUAUUGGUAACUUCAAUGAAGAAAGUGUUUUGUCAGCAAGCACAAAUGAUGAAGAUAGUGAUACGUCUGACAGUUUUUUGCACUCAACAUUGAAUGACUCUGAGUGUUCUGAAACUGAAGUACCUGAAGUUAAUCUUUCUGAGUGUCCUCAAACAUCUAAUUAUGUUUCUAUUAGUCAAAGAAAUGCUUCUAUGAGUAAGGUCAGAAGUAAUCACAGAGAUAAAAAUUCUUCAAUAUCCUGUUUUAAAGAACACUCAGAGCUUAAUUCUCAUAGCUGGGAUGAUAAACAAGGUUCUUCAGAGUUGGAUUUGAGUAGAAGAUUUUUUGAUGUCUAUAGGAAUCAGCAGUAUGUUCCAAUUUUUGGGAAAGUAGGUACAAGAUCACUUGAUCAGACACAGAAAAGUAAUCAACAAUACACAUAUAGAAAGAUAAAUGAAAGAUUUAGACCUAUACCAGCUGGACAGUUUCAUGGACAAAAUGGUAGGUGUCAUUCUCUUGCAUCAGGCUUUUGUAAGUCUUGUAUGAUGCAAGAAGUAUCUAGACCAUUGGAAGUUGGACAUCUUUGCGAGUAUCAGACCUGUAACAACUCACAAACAGGUGCAAUAAGUAAGAGACAUCAUCAUCAUUGCCUAAGAGACAAGAGAAGACAUUUCAAACAUUACCAUUCAGUAGACUCUAUCAGAAGAAGUAGAUGUUGUGAUGGUAAUCAGAGUUGUAGGUUUCAUUGUGUUACACAGUGUCAGAAUGAUCAGAAAUCUAGGAACCACAAGAGUAUUUUCAGCUAUUGGAGUAAUCCUUGCAGGAGCCACCAUCCCAGACAAACAUGUCGGAAAGAUGAAGCUUAUGAUUUUAUGAAUCCCUGGUUGGCAUAUUGGGCUUAUAUAAAAGAACUAUCUAAAUGGAAGAGAAACCACACAAGAUCAUAAUUGAUCAAAAGGUUUCUAUUCCUAUUAUGGACAGAUGAAGCUUAGUGAUUAACAUGCUGGAUUGCAGAUCAGAAAAUCCACUGUUUGAGUCUGCAACAUUUCACUAAACAUUCUUUGCACUUCAACCUACACUCACUAUAGAAGAAAGAAUUUCUGCUAAUUAAUUGUAUUUUGUAAAAAGGGGCUUUUCAAACAAAAAUAAUAAUUUAAUUGAAAAGCAAGAUCAUUCAACAGUUUUGAAAAAUAAAUCAAAACUUGUAUAUUAUUAAUAAGUGCUGUAUUGACAACUUUAUUUAUGUAGUGGAAGUAUCUAGAAUUAGAAACUGUGUUUGUAAUUUUAAAGUUGAAGUUAUUUAUUACACUUUAAUAAGAAAGAAACAACUAAGUCUUCUCUUUGUUCUAAAGUAUGAAAAUGUUUUAACAUUUAUAUCAAGAAUUGAAAGCACAUAUUAAAUAAUGUAGAUUAUUAUAAUUAGAAGAUAAAAAAAUGACUUAUUUAAUACACCUAUAUCAGAAGUUGAUAAGUUGAUUACUUUUCUUGAUCAGUUUGUGAGAAUAGCAUUAUAAAUUUUCUACAAAGAUUCCACCAUCCAAGUAUUUCUAAUUUUCUGUUUUGCUACAACACAGUUUCGGCUAACAUUAAAGUUAACAAAAACAGUAUCAAUCUGUAAUAUUACUGGAACUAUGUAGUAAGUAUUAAUUAUAGGAGGUUUCAAAAAGCUUCUUGUUUGGGAAUAAAUCAGACAUGGACAAAAAAGGAAAAUGA